AUGAAGUCGACUGAAAUCAGUGGAGUGAAGGUAUACAACUUAACAGCGGGGAAGACGUUGCCACAGUGGCUCACAGAGAAACAGCGCCGUCAGUUACGUAAAGAUGAAGAUUUUAAAAAGCGAAUAGAGUUGAUACAAGACACUGAGUUUACUGUGAGUUCGAGGUGCAUCAAAUUUUCACCGGACAACCAAUACUUAGCCGCGUCGGGGAUGUACCCGCCACUUAUUAAAAUGUUUGAACUUGACCAACUCUCAGAGAAGUUUGAGAGAAGACUCGACGCCGAAGUCAUCAAAUUUGAUUUUUUGGAGGACGACUAUUCGAAAUUGAUGUACAUGUUGUCAGACAAUACUAUGGAGUUUCACAACAAAGGUGGGAUUCAAUGCAAAAUCAAAACGCCGAAGACGGGAAGAGAUUUCACAUAUUUUCCAAGUGAUUGUAAUGUAUACAUGGCGACUAAUGACAAAAUUGAUGUGCUCAAUUUGUAUGAAGGGAAGUUCAAUGAUUCGAUUGACAUUGAAAUGCCGAUUAAUUGCUUUGAAAAGUCCGAGAAAUACCAAAUCAUAUUUUGUGGAGAAGAGGAAGGGUCAGUCAGUGUGCUCGACCCACGAGUCGGCAAUUUUGUGUCACGAACACAAGUAUCAAAUCAUCUCGUUAAUCACCUUGAUGUGAACGGGGGUCAAGUGAGUAAAGUCGAAGUGACGUCGAUGGCAUAUGAUGGGAAUCUUCAGUUAUUAGUUGGGACAUCUAAUGGAAAUAUUUUGACUUAUGACAUUCGAUCACAGAACCCACUCCUUUCAAGUUAUCAUCAAAAUAGAAUGCCAAUAGUGAAGUGUAUGUAUCACACAACUCAGAACGGUGAAUUCAGUGUAACUGCUGAUGCCAGUAUUGUUAGAUUUUGUAAAAAAUCCGACGGGAAAUUGGUGUUGCCAUUGGAAGGGUCUAAACGAUCGGUCAUUACUGAUCUUGCUAUUGCUAAUAACUCCGGACUCUGUGUAAUGGCUGGCGACUUCACUAAGUUACAAGUCUUUUAUGUGCCGAUGCUCGGCAUCGCGCCUAAGUGGUGCAGUUUCCUCGAAAACCUUACAGAAGAAUUGGAAGAAGAGGAGGGCCACACUUACGACGACUUCCAAUUUGUGACAAAAAAGGAAUUGGCAGAUCUCGGACUGGAGUCACUCUAUGGUUCACAAUACUUGAAGCCAUACAUGCAUGGGUACUUCAUACACAUCAAGUUGUAUCAACGUGCAGUCGCUUUAAAGUUUGUUUGA